GUCACAAUAUUCCUCCAUUGACAGAAAAGGAAAACGAUGAAAACUGAAAAAUAACACUAACAAAUGUUUGUGGUGGACAGCUAUAAAAACGAAAUAUGACUACUAUGGAAAGCAAAAUGGAAACAUGCUCAUCGUCAGAUGAGCGACUAGACCUUAAAAAGAUGGACACAGAGGCAAUGUUGAAAACAUUGAGCCCCAGUUCCACGGAAGAGCCCCCCUCGCCCCAGUACCUGAAGGAACGAGACUGCUGUGUGAAGUAUUUUGACGGCUGGUCGGAGAACGAUCAGGUGCUAUUUCUAGAACACCUGCUUGCCCGUAUGUGCCACUACCAACAUGGGCAAAUCAACUCAUUCCUCAAGCCAAUGUUACAGAGGGAUUUCAUAUCUGCACUGCCAGCCAAGGGCCUAGACCAUAUAGCAGAGAACAUAUUGUCGUACCUGGAUGCAAAAUCUCUGUGUUCAGCUGAGCUAGUUUGUAAGGAGUGGUAUCGCGUGAUCUCAGACGGAAUGUUGUGGAAGAAACUCAUGGAACGCAUGGUGCGCACAGAUAACCUCUGGCGAGGUCUGUCUGAGAGGAGGAAAUGGGGUGUGCAUUUGUUCAAGCCACGUCCAGGGGAAACGCCAAAGGACCACAAGUUCUACAGAACUCUCUACCCACAGAUUAUACAAGAUAUAGAUAGAAUAGAAACUAACUGGCGGACAGGCCGGCACACGUUACAGCGCAUACACUGUCGUAGUGAAACAAGCAAGGGAGUUUACUGCUUACAGUAUGAUGACAACAGAAUUGUUAGUGGGCUUAGGGAUAACACAAUUAAGGUCUGGGACCGAGACUCGCUGGAGUGUACUCAGAUUUUGACAGGACACACAGGUUCCGUGCUGUGCCUGCAAUACGACAAUAACAUCAUCAUCUCGGGAUCAAGCGACUCGACUGUUCGGGUGUGGGACGUACGCACGGGUGAGAUGGUGAACACGCUCAUUCAUCACUGUGAGGCCGUCCUCCAUCUACGCUUCUGUGAUGGCAUUAUGGUCACGUGCUCCAAGGACCGUUCCAUAGCAGUAUGGGACAUGCAAUCUCCCCAGGAGAUAAACCUGCGCCGAGUGCUGGUGGGACAUCGGGCUGCCGUCAACGUAGUUGACUUUGACGAUAAAUACAUUGUUUCGGCUUCAGGGGAUAGGACAAUAAAGGUGUGGAGUACUCAGACUUGUGAAUUUGUGCGGACAUUGAAUGGGCACAAGCGUGGUAUAGCGUGUUUACAAUACCGCGAUAGACUCGUGGUUAGCGGCAGUUCAGAUAACACUAUCCGACUAUGGGAUAUUGAGUGCGGUGCUUGUCUCCGUGUGCUCGAGGGCCACGAGGAGUUAGUUAGGUGUAUAAGGUUCGAUAGCCGGAGAAUUGUUAGCGGAGCUUAUGACGGUAAGAUCAAGGUAUGGGACCUGGCGGCAGCAUUAGACCCCCGGGCACCUGCGGGCACACUCUGCAUUAAGACCCUUGUUCAGGAACAUUCUGGGCGUGUGUUCCGUCUCCAGUUUGACGAAUUCCAGAUCGUCUCCAGUUCCCACGACGACACAAUUCUACUGUGGGACUUCCUUAAUGUGCCUGCAACAGAUGGCACAACCGGCCGAUCUCCAUCACGGAACGCAGUCACUUAUAACUCCCAGCUUCAAUUGGAUGAUUCCUUGAUCUGAAUUUAACUAUUAAAUUUGACAUCAAAAGGCAAAUACAGACUUUAGUGUGGACUAAAUACAGUACUCACAAUAAGAAUAUUGUAAGAGAUGUGAAAGUACAGGAAUAUGAAGAUCUGUGCCAUAGGGCGGCAAAAUGUUAAAUAAUAGUGCUUCAGUCUUUGACAGACACAUGUGAAUAGACUUGUGAUUGUGAAUAUGUGAAUACUUACAAAUAGAAUAUUUGUAGGGGAUUUCUUUUCGCAUUGCCAAACUUUGUCAUUUUUUUCAUGCGUACCAACAUUGUUAUGACAUUCAUUGAUACAUUGAGUUGAAUUGACUUCCAGAUUUGUUUGAAUUAUAAGGAAGAUGCUAUACUUGUGUACAUUGUAACAUUUAGAUUAUUUUUAUCAUUUUUUUGCUGUAAAACAAUUUAAUAUUUAUGUGACUCAUUUUGACAUAUAUUCAAUAAUGUGAUAGAUUUUGUCAUUGUUAUGUUUAUUGGAAACUUCCCCACUCCCUAAACAUGUGUGCAUGCAUGUUAUUAGUAGAGUUUCUAUGACUAUGUUUUCAAAACAAAUUGUAUUAUUGUACCUUUUCAUAAAAACAAAACACAAUCAUGAUCAUGGUAAAUAGUAAAUACUGUAUUUUCAAAAUAUGGUACUCAAGUAUUUUCUCAAAAUUAUUUAUCGGCAGCAAAGCAUGGCUGAGGACAUAACAGGGAUAACUUUGUUUGCCGUUGGCGUCUCUCUUUUGUUGUCCAUCUAUUACUUUUGAAUGACUUGUUGAAGAGUCAAUAAACUUGAUUUGCACAAUGGUCAUGGUCAUUAGAUGACUAUGAUUGAUUUUGGAUCAGUAGGUCAAAGGUAACAGGCAACACACACAUACACUCGCGGCAUUCUAGUUUUCAAUUACAAUCUGUAAUUUAUAAUUUUCUUUUUUUUAAGUUAAGGGAUUAUAAUGGUGCAGUUGAGAAGUAAAGGAGUCAGAAUUUCAUCUGAGGGGUUGUGGGCUUGAGCCCUAUAAGGGCCAUAUUAUCAUGGCCUCUCAAAAAGGCUUCUAUCCUGAAAGCAGACUACAUCUUGGUCUAUGUAAGAUUAUUGUUGUCUUUUGUGCUCAAACUAUAAUUUAAAAAGGACAGGGUGCUGCAGAAGAGGGUGACGGUGCAAUGGGAAAAAAGGCCCUAUUGUAUCGGGCUGUGAAGAACUUGGCAUAAUGAAUUAGGCAGAACAUGUAAGAACUGUGUUGAAUUGAAGAGCUAUUAGAUUUCAACUGCAAACUAUUAGGGAUCAUAUUACAAGUGUUAAUCAAUACAAAAGAACUAUUUUGUUAUAAAUGUUAAGUAUUCAAUUCUAUGAAGGCAAAAGGGUGUUACAAUAAAGGACAAGAAUGCAGCACCCUUCCAUAGCCUUUCAGCUAACAGCCUUAGCAUAUGCAUGUAUUAGUAUAUUAAAAUUAUUAAAUUCAGUCUUAAGGAAAACAUUUGUACAUCCUCUAAAUGCCUGGAUGAACAUUAUAACAAAGGGCAUUAAGGUAACAAAGUCUUGAACUGGAUAGAAAAAACACUUAUUUUCCUCAUAGUAAAGGCAUAUCUCUCUAUCAUGUCAAUGAAUGACAUUAAAUUAUUUUUGCAAAUAAAGCCAUUGUUUACUUGCUGUUUUUUUUAAUAAAAAAGAAAAUUUUCCAGUGUAGCAACUGUUAUUUGUUACCAAAUUUGACAUUUCUCGAUACACUGGACACAUAUUAUUCUAAUCAACAAGACAUUAUACAGUAUAACUGCGGUCGUUCGAACAAGCGGUCAGUCGAGAACCGGCUUUCCCUCGAGGUCAGAGCUUAGUCCUGAACUUUUUUCCUUCUAUUUUCAUAUAAAAUAUACCUACGCUGCAUCGAAACCUAAUUAUGUCGAGGAGUCGAGCAAUAUCCUCGGUCCCAAGUACACAAAUCAUGCACAAAACUUUAUGGCUCCCUCGAGGUCAUAAUUUCACACUUUCGCGAACGCGUGUUCCAAAAUAAACAAAAAAUUGCUAGGUAGUAAAACUUUCGCAAGAUGUGAAAAUUGCAAUGACAGUUGAAAGGCAAUUGAUAAGGUGUGAAAAACUGUUUAACAUUGUUAACGCAUGACCGAUAUUAGUUGAUAUGGGCAUUUUAGAAGAUAAUUAUGAGAAAUUAAUUGUGAGAAAUGUUAAUGAGUAAAAAAAAUAUGAAUAAACACUACCAUAUUGAUCCAACUUCGGAAUUUCUGAAAAGAAUUCCUUUUUGUCACUUUGCUUUGCAAUAUGGUUAUUUUGUAAAAAAACAAACACCGAUUUAUUGAUUUAUUGAUAUUUCUUUUAUAUUUAGUACAUAUAGUAAACGACAGCCUUUGAACAUAUGAGCGAUUUCCACAGCGCAACACAUAAUCGGUGUAUAAGUUAACAGACUACUUCAUACUUAAAAUACACUGAAAUAUAUUUCAUAAUAGACUGGAGAAUUAAAAAUCGGGUCGUUCGAAACAUCGGUUCCCUCAAGGUUUAGGCUCGGUCCCGGCGACCUCGAGCGAUCGCAGUUGAACUGUGUAAUAAAAUGUGCAUAAUCCUCAUAGGAUGAUGUUAAUUGUCAUAAUGAAUCUGUAAAUUGAAAGAAAGAUAAUUGAAUCUUCCUUCUUCACUUUAAUGCCCUAAAAAUGUAUUUACAUUAUUUACCAUACACUUCAUUGUAAUGAAAAAGGGCAGUAUUUGAGGCCAAAUUUUGUUGUGUUUUCUUGUGCUUUUGAAAGAAAUGCAAUACUUGCGCAUACAUACUUGGAAUUGUACAUGCUUCAUAGAUUUGCAUUAAUUUUCUGCUUGUUCAUGUCUUAAUCAUUUAUUAUGGAGCUUCCUGAGGCUUUGUUGAUGGUAUUAUUACAGUUCAUAUGUUAAACUUUGUUUGGAAAACAAUAUAUCAACAACAACAAAAAAAUAGUAUGGAAUAGAUGGACAACCAUUGGUACAGCCCUUAGCACUGAAGUUUAUGUGUGGUGAAAAACAUGGGCCAGCUACACCCCACAAUAUGAUAUUUCAGUUUAUUUAAAGGUUGCUAAGCUAAGGUUAUAACACUUGAGUAGUAUUACAAUAUUACUAUGAUAUGAUACAUUUUUGCUACGAGCAAAGUAUUUGGUGUAUAUUGCAUUAUAACGCAUUUUAUGUUUUUGUGAUUGUAUUCAGAUUUUUAAAAUAUUUGUGGCUAUUUACUCUAUCUCUUGUGUUUAAGGUGUCAUAAGUUGUAACUUCCUUACAGGCAGGAGACUUUGCUUUGUUGUGCUGUUCUUAUAAUAACUAACAAUGUGUUGAUUUAUGGCCAAAGGGAGUAACAGGCCUAUGGCAUCAGUGUCCGUAUUAACUAACAUAUUGUUGAAAUUUGAGGCAUCGCGCUCAGAAAAUAGUAUUCUAAAAUGUUCUAUUAUAUAUACAAUACAACUAAUUUUGACAAAAGAUGUUUGCCUGAUUGUGAACAGAUUAUUUGUAGCGAGUACUGAGUACUGCAUUAACCAUCUUCGCUCCUAUUAUAGCAUUUUAACAGCAAAAAAUCAGACUUUAAUGGCCUAUAUUAACUAUCGUCAUGACUCUUUCAGUCUUAGUUUGAAACUUGGGACUUAAAAAUGCAAAUUAUAAUGAACGUUAAAUUGCAAUUAGAAAAGCAAUAAUGGUAUAUAUGGACAUUUCCUUUCAUAAGGAAUUGCUUCUCUAUUAUUUAUAGAUGCCAUAUCAAAUCAAGUUAUAUUUCAGAUAUAUUAUAAUUUCAGAAGUCUCUUUUCUGAGUCAAGAGUCUCAAACUGAGACUCGAGAGAUUAGUUAAUAUUGGUCAUUAUAGCUGAUACACCUAUUGGCUAUCAGCAGAGAAAUGUUAUAUUCAUGUACUGUGUUGUUGCAUAAAAAAUAAUUUCAGAGAAAAAAAGAAAACAUUAGAUAUAUACGCAAUAAAGAACAUAACCUUCAUUUUUCUUCAUUGCUAAAAAGCAUAAUCAAUUUCAAGAAUUCAGGUAAAAAUCUCAUUCCUGUUUAAUGUUGUCAACAUGUGUGUCUUUCCCAUUAACAUUCAUUUUGGGGAAUAAUUUUGCGGGCUUACGUGAAAGACGGUUGUAAAUAGAAAUAGAAUGUAGAAUAGAAGGCAAGUCGUUACAAUAGCCUUGAGCUAAGCCCUCAAAUUGUGAUGUUCAUGAAAUGUGUACUUUUUGGUACAUGUAAUGCUAAUUAUGGUAUGUACAUUUAAUAUAUUUAUGUUGUAUAUGUGUGUGAUUAUUUAACACACAAUCGCUGUGUUUUGUUUUGUGAAUGCAGACCAAUUAAUUUUCAACAAAAUUGAAUUUGUGUCUAAUACUUGUAGAAAAAAAAAAAUAUUAAAAAAAGUUGCUUGUUAAUGUUUCUGUCACAGAAGUGAAAUUUAAAACCUAAAUGUAAAGUGAAGUUUUGACAAAUAUAUCAACCCUUGGCAUAUUUUUUUGUACAUGCAGUGACCUAUCAGUAAUGUCAUGAUGGAGUCUGACCCAUUAAUAAGCCUGUUUUCUGAUAGCUCCAUUAAUCUUGAUGUUAAAUUUGAUGCCUUGGCUGGUAUUCAUACAUCAUUGACUCAAUUCACUGUAUACAUGAAGGUCCGUUAUUAUUAUCAAGCAAUCCGAUUAGCUACAUCAUUCUUAGAUCCAAUGAAGACCAGUAUUGAAUAUCACCCUGGGUGACCUAAUGUAAUGUUAAUAUCAUUUAAACAGGUACUGCUCACUGAUAACUAAAAUGAAAAAUAUAUCACUGAAAUUAAAUUUCAAAUAAAGUAAAUGCAGUUUGUAUACAUGUAUUUGCUCUUUAUUUCGACCAAAUUUAGAUGUUAAUGACAUAUUUUUGCAAUUUUUAAAGACAAAAAACUUGUUCGAUUAUGUUUUGGUAAAAAAAAUAUUUUCUUUUUUUACACAUAUUGACAAGACCCUUUCAGAUGAUUCCAGAAUAGUAUGGGGUCACCAGGCAUCUAAGAUACACAUAUUGAUGGGUUGUAUGCAUUAGCAAGGUUACUCGAUACCAUACAGAUGUCAUCAAGGCCAAUUUUCUCACAAUGGUCCUCAUAUGUAUUUUUUUGUGCUAAAUUGUGUGGUUCAUACGCCUUACUUAGAUCACAUGCUUGUUUGAAUUGUAAUAUUUAUUAUCAAUUAUGUUGUAUGAAUGUCUUUAUCAUGUUUUGUUUAAUAAAUUUCCAUGUUACAUGCACUUGAGAACUGACCUAUCUGUGUUUAUAGAAAAGAUUGUGUACCAAGUUCGAAACAGAAUGAAAUAUUAUAUUAAAUAAACAAUUGUCACUGA